AUGGAGGAUUUGAAAACUUCGGACCGAUUUUUCCACAAGUCCUCGUUCAGCAUCAGCAGCCUGUUGUGGAGACGAGAGGGAGUGAUGGGUGACCAAGAGUCUCCUAGUCCGUCCCAGAAACUGCGCCCCGCGCAUCCGGAGAGAGCCGCUCAGGAAGAAAACUUUAACAGUGAAAAGAACUGCGAAACCCCCAAACAGUGCGCUAAAGCUGAAACCAAAUCGGUGACUGCGAAUGGAAAACGAGACGGGUCUAAGGGAGAAUCCAAGAAAAGCGGGGGAGCAGAAGAAAGUGUUAAACCUGAGAAACCUCCUUUCAGUUAUAACGCGCUCAUCAUGAUGGCGAUCCGCCAGAGCCCGGAACGACGGCUCACCCUCAACGGCAUCUAUGAGUUCAUCAUGGAAAACUUUCCAUACUACCGGCAGAACAGACAGGGGUGGCAAAAUUCAAUCCGGCACAACCUGAGUCUGAAUAAGUGUUUCGUUAAAGUGCCGCGCCACUAUGACGACCCGGGUAAAGGUAACUACUGGAUGCUGGACCCCUGCAGUGAGGACGUCUUCAUAGGUGGCACAUCGGGGAAACUCCGGCGCAGGGCCGCAGCUGGCUCCAGGGCCAAACUUGCACUAAAAAGGGGAGGAGGUCGCCUGAUGUCCUCCAGCACUGCAACCAGCGUGACCUUGGCCGCAGCGGGUCCGUUUUACUGGCCGGUGCCGCCGUUUCUGCCUCUCCAAACCCCAGUGCGCACCCACCUUGGCGCAGGGACGUAUCUGAGCGCUCAUCCCCGCUUCCCCAAUCACGCCACAUCGCUUGUUUCACAGCGGUCCCGGUUGAGUGCAACAAGUGCUGCAGACGCCGACCGGUUCGUGCAGACGCACCAGGAGAUGUCUUACAUUGGCGUCAGUUGCGCGCAGUCCCGUCGCCAUCAGAUUGGCACUGCCUGCACCGCGUUUUCCACGUCCAUCCCUGCGUGCAGCCUGCCACUGUCGGAUCCGUGCUCUUUUAACAUGAUCUCCGGACAAGCCAGCUACUUUUACUCUCACCAAAUACCAUGUGCCGCGGCGUUCAGUCCGUGCCAAGAGGAGUGCGCCACAUCCAAGACGCCUCCGGUACAAUUCUUAACCAAGAACGGUCACUCAGACCUCGGGGGGUGCUGUAAUGACUUUCCAAAUUACUGCGCUCAAGUCAGUUCAAGCCCUCCUUCGUCUUGGAAUAUAGAAAAAUAG